CACAAGACAGGGGGCUAAACGAGACAGCCGCGAAUUUGACCACAGACACGUAUCCUGGCUGAAGGACGGCCAUAAAUACGCUUCAGGUGCUCUUCAGUCGGCUUUUACAAGGAGAUCUCUGCUGGAUCUCCUCUCUGUGCUCGAGGACGGAAGAUGCCCAGGCAGUUCCUCUGCCAAGUGUUCGGCUUGUCCCUGUGGUUGGCACUGAUACUCCAGUCUCUCAUCUCCUCCACCGCUGCCUAUAAGAGACCUGUGUCCGGAGGGAAAAGGCAGAGUUUCUUGGAGAGAACCUUAAUUUUAUUGGACGUGAAUACGCGAAGCCCGGUAAAAAUCUUGAACGACAAUUUCCUCUCGUUGCAGUUGGAUCCAUCUAUCAUAAAGGAUGGCUGGCUCGACUUCUUAAGCUCUAAGCGGUUGGUCACUUUGGCUCGGGGACUCUCUCCAGCAUAUCUGAGAUUUGGGGGCAAACGGACCGAUUUCCUCCAGUUUCAUAACCUGAAGAAUCUUGCAAAGUUUCGAGGGCCUGGACCAGACUAUUAUCUUAAAAACUAUGAGGAUGAUAUUGUGCGCAGCGACUUUGCCCUGGACAAACAGAAGGGCUGCAGACUGGCGAGCCAUCCAGACAUGAUGCUGGAACUGCAGCGCGAGAAAGCAGCUCAGGUGCAGCAGAUCUUGCUGAAAGAACAGCUUUCCGACAUCUACAGCGAUGUUACGAUAACAGCCAGGUCUUUAGACAAACUGUACAACUUUGCCGACUGUGCCGGACUUCAUCUGAUCUUUGGCCUGAACGCCUUGCACAGAAAUCCGGACAAUUCGUGGAACUCCACCGGUGCCCUGAAUCUGCUCAAAUACAGCGCCGGCAAAAAAUACAACAUCUCAUGGGAGCUCGGCAACGAGCCAAACGGUUAUCGGAUGAUGACUGCUCGAUCGGUCAACAGCUCUCGGUUAGCGCAGGAUUACAUUCUUCUGAGAACGUUACUUCAGUCUGUGCGUUACUACAAUCGGGCUAACCUCUACGGGCCCAACAUCGGCCGUCCACGUAAAAACGCGAUCUUGUUGCUUGAUGGGUUUAUGAGAAACGGCGGUUCUGUUGUUGAUGCAGUAACGUGGCAACAUUACUACAUUGACAGGCGUGUGACCAAAGUGGAAGACUUUAUGAAGACAAGACUUCUGGACACUUUGUCUGAGCAGAUAACUAAAGUGCUAAAGAUUGUUCAAACUCACGCUCCUGAGAAACGGGUGUGGUUGGGUGGAGUUGGUCCUGCUUGGGCAGGAGGUACCAAUAACCUGUCAGACACUUUUGCUGCAGGUUUUCUAUGGCUCAAUACUCUUGGUAUCGCCGCAGCUCAUGGGAUUGAUGUUGUGCUUCGACAUUCCUUCUUUGAUUAUGGAUACAAUCACCUCGUCGACCAGCAUUUUAAUCCUUUACCUGAUUACUGGUUAUCUUUGCUUUUUAAACGUCUGGUGGGUCCCAGGGUCCUUGGAGUGCAUGUUGCCGGUCUACAGAGGAAACCACGUCCUGGACGAGUGAUUCGAGACAAGCUCCGCAUCUAUGCACACUGCACCAGCUUCAACAAUCAGGAUUACGUCAGAGGAUCCGUAACAAUUUACAUCAUCAACCUGCAUCGUUCACGAAAGAAAAUCAAGCUUGCCGGGACAUUACGAAAUAAAACUGUUCACCAAUACCUGUUACAGCCUUUUGGCACAGACGGACUUCACUCCACGUCUGUGCAGCUGAACGGAGAACCUUUGCUCAUGGUGGACAAUGAGACACUUCCUGAGAUUAAACCACGGACACUCAGGGCAGGUCGAACGAUAGCUAUGCCGCCCGUAUCCAUCGGUUUCUAUGUCAUCAAGAAUCUCAAUGCUUAUGCCUGCCGCAGAUAACACAAAAACUGACUGCCAUUAGUCAAUCUUCUGGCGUAUCGUGACAUUCUCCUCACAAGCCCACAAAGACAUGGAAAUGAUCUGCCCUUCGUUUAUGCGAGGGCUGCACUGAACGCUUUCAACUACAUUUCUCUGAAUCGUUUUAUUUUUUUCUGCAAGAGCUACAGCUAGACUUGUGGAAAGUGAAUGUAUUUUAUUUUGGUUGUUUUUGGGAUUGUGGCUCUUUUGUGUUUUUUUUUGUUUUUUUUGUUUUUUUAUGAAGCCUCAUGUUUUUUUACUGAAGCACAAAUGUGUCACUGGGGCCCACAUAGUUUCUUAAAUUGCACCAAUGGUCCGAUUCACAAUUUUACAUUUCCUUUGGUGUGUAUUAGUACAUGUUAACGAUAUGCAAAAGGUACAAACCCCAAAGCAAUGUACAUCUCUUUUCUUGGACUACAACAAACACACAGAUUUUAGGCAACAAAUUUUUCUUCCUGGGAUUGGUGAUGUAGAGAAGACCGACAUUAUCAUAAUUUCUCCCGCUUCAGACUCACAGUCUGCAAGUUAACUCCUGUUAGCAUUGCAUUGUGCACAAAUCUUUUAAACAUGGUAAGGAGCGUCACAUUUCCGGCUGACGUCAGAGGUAUUCAGACCAAUCACAACGUACAGAUUAACUGGCCAAUCAGGGACACAGAGCUUUUCAAAUCCAUGCGUUUCAGGAAGAGAGUGAAAUCUGGAGCUAUAAAAAAUGUUUGGUAUGUGGAAAAUAGUUUUUUUAUCCAUCAAACAUGCAAACACAUUGUAUUAUACCAAAUACACAAAUAACUUUUUUUAGCAAUGAAAUAGGUGCUCUUUAAAAAUAAAGCUAAUCCUAAGGAUUUCCUAAGGAUUUCUUUGUAACGCUGUACGGAGAAGUUAAAGCUUUUCACAUUUUUAACACCUUUAUUUUUUAAAGUGUACACAUAGCAAUUAUUGCUCAGUCUGAAUACUCAAACAGGAGUCACUCCUGAAAAUUUGUCAAACAGAUGGAUAGCUAAAGUUAAACAUGUUUGUUGUUAGCAAUAUGUGACCCUGGACCACUAAACCAGUCAUAAGGGUCAAUUGUUUAAAAUGAACAUGUGUACAUCAUGAAUAAAUAAGCUUUUAAUGUAUGGUUUGUUAGAAAAGUAAAAUUUGGCAGAGAUACAAAUAUUAAAAAAUCUGGAAUCGGGGAGUGCAAAACAACUCUAAAGUUGUCCAAAUGAAGUCCUUAGCAACUGUGUCCACUCACAAAAAUAAAAUUCGAAUCAUGAAAAAUUAUAUUAAUAUUCUAAUGAUUUUUAGCAAAAAAAAAAUCUGUAAUUUUGACCCAUACAAUAUAAUUUCGGCUUUUGCUACAAAUAUACCCGUGCUACUUAUGACACAUAUAGGUAAAUAAAAAGUAAUGUUAGCAACCAGACAGAUUUUAUCUAUUCGCAGUUUUAAUUAAUCCACAUUCGGUUAAAGAUAUAUAUAUCACUCCAUAUAAGUUUUCAAAAUGCCAAUAUUCAAAGUCUGGAUGCAAAAAGAUGCUAAAUCUGUGCACACAACAGAUUUAAGCAAUCAAAAGUGGUGUGACAUCUGAAGUGUUAUUUAGUGCAGCCUGAGGGAUUUGUAACUUUUGUUGAAAAUCAUAAUAAGCUAUAAACCUAAUGUGUGGCCUGUAUGCAAUUAAAUCAAAUUAUUAUAAAGUCUUUCAGCAGGCCUGGUCAGAAUUUACUGAUACUAAAUCUGUAUUUGGACAUGUUAAACAGCGCCCAAGUACUUCAUAUUGGUGGCGGAAAGCAUCAUCAAAAAAAUUUGAAAUGCAUGAGAGGGGGGAAUAUGUAAAACUUUGUAAACACCCGACGUUCCAGUCUGCGAACUUCUGUGGCCGGAUUCUGUGUGGUCCUGUCUAUCAGAGAAACGUGAUUUUGCAGAGUGGGACAUUACUUUGGAUUAACAUCCUUGUCAUUCCUUAACAAACAUUCCAGUCAGUCAACCAAUAAGAUUUUAUGGUUAGGUUUAGUGCUGGGGUUAAGAGCUUACGCAGCAUUCCUUUCAUCCAAUCAUUUCCUUAUGGUUUUAUGUGUAUGUUAUAGUUAGGUUCACAGUUAAGGCUAUGAUUUCUUGAUAGAAAUAUGACCAAUAAAAGUCAUCCAGAUUUUUUCUUUUAAGGGCUAAAGCCACUCAAGAGACACAGGGACAAUUUUUGAUCUUUUCUUUUCUUCAACCUUAGACGUAAACCUCCACUUCUAAAUCAUAACAAGCAGACCUUCCUGUAAACUUAUAACAUUGACCUACAUCCUGAAAAGAAGCCUCCAGUUUCGGGUUUUGUAUGCUAUGUGUUUUUUUCUUGAGAAAAUUGGAUUGCAUGAUGAUGAAGAGAUUAUGCGAAGGAACAAAUAUUUACUGAAGGGUCCUUGUAUUUCACUUCUAAAUUAGAAAAUAGUCACAUGAUACAUAAGAGUACCUCUGGACUACACACAUCUUCAUGCAUUUAUACAUUCAUAUUUACUGGUGCUUUGAGAAAUACUGCUUUAUUUUUUUACUAAUUUUACUUUCCAUUGAACUCUGAAUCUAAGGCUGAAAGAAGGUAUAGUUUUUAUGAAGAACUGUGGAUCGUAUGAAGUUGUUGAGGAGCUCAGGAAAUAAGUUAAUUUUGUACGUGUACCGUUCUGUCAUUUUGCAUGUAUCACAGUUUUUAUUUUGAGAAAUGUAACAACAUGAACCUGAGCUCAGACUAUAUACCAGAUUUCUUUUAUAUUGCUAUUUUUAACACUACCUUAUUCUGUUCAAAUACACUGGCCCCACAAAUUAUUACCGUACACUUUUAUGGACAAUACCUAAUGGUCUUGCAUGAUGCAAUGAAAUUAAUACUUUUUAAAAUGUAUUUUUGGGGGGCCGUUGAUAAUCCUGUGUACAGCUAUCUUUGUGCUGCUAGCUGAAUAAUUAAUAUUAAGCAUGAUGACAGAUGAUAUUGUACAGGUUCAAGCCCAUUUGUUAUAUAAAUGUACAUAAAUUUUGUUUUGCAUUUUUGUUUUAAGUGCUCCCAUGCAUUAUAAAUUUUAUUUAUAUAAAUGUAUAUGUGUGGUUUUGAGUGUAUGUACAUUAUGUUGAGAGAAAACAGUUGACUUUUCAUUUAAGUCAGUCCACAUUUGAAGAUAAUUAUAUUGUACUUUUUUAUCGAGAUUAAUAGCCUCUGUUAAUGUUUAGCAAUGGUGUUUUAAUUUUAAUGAUUGCAGUAUGCACACGUGUAUCACAAUGUUUUACAUUGUAUGUCACUUUUUCAUGCAAAAACAACAGUUUGAACAGAAGUGGAGCUCAAAUUUGUAAAGAGUUGUGUAUGUGUACAAUGCAUGAUUACUAGAAUUUAUGAGCACCAUCUACCACUGUUGUUGUUGUUGUGUAUUAAUACAUUUAGGUGUUCGUUCCAGGGUCAAUAAUGCUGUCUGUGUCAUUACAUUUUGUUGGGAGAUCUAGAGAUUUGUAGGGUUUGUUGCAUAUUUGAAGUUGUUAAUAUUUUUGUGUUACAGAGCAUUAUUUUAUUGUGAAAGUGUUUGCGUCUGAAUAUUAUUAUUUUUUUCAAAAUAUAUAAAUAAAAUAAUACAAAUGUUUAUUGAAGACCCUGCUUUUGUCCGAAGUACAUUCAUUAUAGAGUGAAUAUUGAAUAGUAGACUGAUAGUCAACUGGUGGCCCGCG